AUCAGUUUUCUCUAAGCUUAGGCCCAGCCAUGGCCCAUGGCCUCAGCCCUCGGAUAGAUAAGGCUUAUUUAGGCAUUUAAACGCCGACACCUGCCUUCUGUUGUUUGAUUCCCGCAGUCUGACAGAUUCACCAACCACGGAGGAGAAGGCCCAGCUUCCUUGUGCUGUGUGUAAACGAGGCUUCCAUCAGCGCGAGAGCACACACACACACACACACACACACACACACACAGAGGCUGCAAAGGGACCAGCCCUGCCCCCAAUUCCACACCCAUGGCCACAGCAAAGAAUGCUGUGUCCCCCUUCCCUGCCCCUCAGCCUCAUGCCCGGUUCACACCUGGGCUAAUUUCACUUCUCACUUUCCGGGUUUGCAAAUGCCUCCCCAGCGGAAUCAAAAUGACAGAUUUAUGCCACACGGUGGGUUUGGAUCAGAACGCACCCACUUGAACAACAUUUAGAUUCCCUGUUUCUCCCUGUCCUCAGCUACUUCUUGGAAGGGCAGAUGGAGAGAAAAAAGAUUGUUUCUUUUUCUUGGGAAAUUGGCAGAGGCACGCUGAAGAAAUCAGCUACAGCUGUUCUCCACACCUGGAUAAAUUUUUAAUCAGAGCUUGACGCACCCUCCCUCUAGAACGGGUGGUCUGUGGUGCCGAUGGCGUUAUCUAUCCCAGGGCAGCUUUCUCUGGGACCUGGAGAGCGAAGAGUUUAUUUCCGUCACACUUCAGCUGCUAAAGUCUCCUUUAAAUGAUGGAUGAAAAUUAUAACCUUUUGCCUCACGGAGUCAAUUUCCAAGAUGCCAUCUUCCCAGACACUCAAGAGAACAGAAGGAUGUUUUCUAGCCUUUUCCAGUUUUCAAACUGUUCCCAAGGACAGCAGCUGGCGACUUUCUCCAGUGACUGGGAAAUCCAGGAAGACAAUAGGCUCAUGUGCUCCUCGGUGCAGAAGGCCCUGUUCGAGGAGGAGGACCACGUGAAGAAACUGCAGCAGAAAGUCGCCACCCUGGAGAAGCGCAACCGGCAGCUCCGGGAGCGGGUGAAGAAGGUCAAGAGGUCCUUGCGGCAGGCGCGCAAGAAGGGCCGCCACCUGGAGCUGGCGAAUCAGAAACUCAGCGAGAAGCUGGCUGUGGGCGUGCUGCCGCACAUCAACGCCCCAGGGCCCGUGCGCGCCCCCUACCUGCGGGGUUAACGGGACGGGGGCUGCUGGGUGUGCAGGGCCAAUCCUGGCGGCAAUGGAGAAUGAGUGAGGUUUUGUACAUGCAUCUGUUUCAAGCGUUGUAGGAGUUUUCGUUUUUAAUCACGCAUUUGGUAGUCUAAAUGGAUAAAAUGCAAGUCUUGCCUUCCCCUUGGGUGCUGCUCCUUCCUGGCCUGACCCCAGACGCAGUGCAUGGAAGUCCAGAAGCAGCGGGACCCCUGAGUGCUGUGUGCUGGCCUGCAAGCGGCCAGGAAAGAGCCCUGAUGGGGAGAGAACAUUUUAGAAUCUCUAGCGUAAAAGACAUCAAGGGGCUUAGCCUUUAUUUCAGAAGAAAAUCAGGGUGGUCCUCAGCUCCGCAGUCCAGGUCAACCAUCAGUCCUGAUGAGUGAGCUGAGCUAGUGCUGGAACCUGCUGGUGCUUCACUGUCCAUAUCUUUGGAAGGGAUUUGUGGCCUUGCAAAGCACCCAAGAUGCCUGAAAAUCAACACACACAGGGCCUCCCUAUCCAGCCAGCAUUUCCCUUCCAGCUGAGGCAGGUAAAGACUGAAUGAGCUCAUCACAGGGGAGGGAACUGAGGAGCAGGGCAGCUGGUAAUUAAACAAGAUAAAUUACACCUGAUUUCCAACACCAGCUACUAAGGAUUGAAGAUGAUACCUAUGGGCCGCAUUAACACAGGGGGCAGUUGCCUUGAUCAGCCUGUUGUGGGUCAUCAAACUGCUUCCUAAAUAGAGAGAACCUGAGCAGUAGCUCAGCCACUGCUAUAUUGUUUCUCCAUGUUUGCUCAGUAAUUGUUUCCAAUGUCUCUGAAUUCAAAGUGAGGUGCCCCAAGAUGCUCUGGACUUCUGCAAAGACACCUCCUAACCUACUGGGAUCAUGUGACCUGACCUCACUCCCAGCCAGGCUCCCAAAGGGCCCAUUUCAGGAUUCCAGUCUCUUCCUCUUUAUGCAAACAACCCCCGCUCCCUGCCCCAGCAGCAGGUCUUGUUUAUUUGAUAGGAAUAUUUGUUCAUCCUAGCACUUGUCCUGACGUCAAUUCCUUAUCCACCAAAGCACUUCACCUUUCUGGAAAGAAAA